AUGACAACAAAACAUUAUACAAGGGUUGGUCCACAAUUCCAAGCUGUUAUUCCUACACAAAAGUACUUUGCUGGAUCAAGACCUACCUUUGCUCGAUGUGUUAAUAAAGCCAAAUGUGAUGGCUUAACUCGUUCUGAUGUUGCAGAAACUGCUGGAAUAUUGAUUUAUCGAUGUGACACAUUACCAUCUGAAAAAAUUGAUGAAUACAUGGCUAGGGCUGAAGCCAUGACACCUCCUUAUGUGAAAUUUGAUAAAACAGAAGCUCUUCAAUUACUCCAUAAUAAUAAUUAUAUUAUUGAAGAUGCACUAAUUCAGUUAAGGGUUAAUAUGAUGAAUCAAAAUCGGUACAAUGAAAACCAUUAUUUAGAGCAAAUGAAUUUUAAUCAUUUUAAUUAA